AAUUUUGAUGGGAGACAACCUCCAAUUCACUCUGAAUUUUACAAAUACAACACAACACAUAACAUGAAAUUUUUUAAAAAACUCUUAAAACUCUUUAAAAAACCGAAACAAAAUAAAGAUAAUUGGGAUGAUAUUUGUCAAAAGGUUGAGUCUUGGUCCACAAAGUCGACUGACAAUGAAGAAAGAUCUUAUGAAAUUCCCACACUAACAGUCAAUUUUGAAAAACAAUUCUCUGUUCUUGAUCUGAAGUUUUAUACAAGAUAUAAAGAGUAUGUUGAUGAUGUGAGAGUAAAAGAACAUGAGAAGUACGAAAAGUUCAAGAUGCACUUCUCAUUCUUGGAUGCACAUGUAAGAAGUUAUCACAACCUCUUUCAUGAUAGUUGUUGGUUUUAUCAUGAUAGUUGGGACUUAUUGCUAUGGAGAAGAAAGCAAUAUGAGGAGGAUUUUGAGUACACGAUAGGUGUAUUGAACAAAAAUUUUAGUUAUAUUUACUUACUUAACUAUGAUGAUUUGUUGGAUUAUGCUGAAAAUAAUUUAGUAUUUUAA